CACCGGAGUAUGGCGGAAACUGGAGAACCCCUAUUGCCCCCAUCCAACGAAUACUUGCAAGAGAGCGUAUACGUUCCCGCAGAGCCAAAAUGGGAGUAUAAGAUGAGCAAUCUUGUAUGGUAUCAGGCGCGAGGCGAAUACCGAAAAGGAGUGGUUGUCUCUACUAGCGGCUCAAGCGCGCAUCGCUAUACUAUUAGGGAUGCCGAGUACACUUCGUCCUUGGAGCAGCGAUCGGCCGAGCAGAUGCUCCUCCGGAUUGAGUACACUUGAAGGCCGCCCCGCCCGUCAGCUCCGCCCGUGAGCCCCGUGAACGAUGCAGAUGCUGCCAGAGGUGCGAUAUGAAAAGAGAAAGAUUUAGCAGAUAACGAGUUGGGAAGAGUACUUAGUUCAAAAUACAUGUACCAGGCGGCGAUCAGGCUGCGCCGUCUGCUGUGACAGGCCCACUGUAAUUUUCCAUGGAACGCGUCACACUGCUAAAGCCGAUCAGCGAUAAUGCUGAGUACUUAGAGACAAGACUGAUCAGGCGUUGACUCUUCCUUGGACCUUGGAGGACACGAUUUUUUGGGAUUUCUCGAUUUUUGUAAAGAUUAAGAGAGACAAAAUAUCGGAACUUGUGAGUACGAUAGUGGCAGAAACAAUGUGGAAAUGGAACCUAAAGAAGAAGAAGAAGAAGAAAAGAAACUUUGGCGUGGCCAUGUCAAGGCUCAUAGU